CUUUUAAAUGUUUGGAAUACAUCUGUUGAUUGGACUGAAUUAAUGUGGGAAGAAUAAUUUAAGAAAAUUGUAACUACUGUCCAUGGUGGUGGUCAUUGCCUUAUGUGAGAAGAUGCCUCUGGAGAGAAGGGCUUGAUCCUACUCUCUCUGAAGUCAAUGGCUGAGUCAGAAUUUUAAGGCCUUGAAGAACCCCAGAUUGUCAAUAUGUAGAGAUGCAUUGAUGGAGCACUCUGUUGCAGAUCUCCCAGGGCUUCAGAUAAGCCAGGUCAGUGAUUCACCCUAGUUAUGAGAACUACUUUGCGCACCUCCAAGAACCAGUUGGUGACUGGACCAAAAAUAUUCCCUCUGCUUGGUGUUCUGGCUGGAUUUUUUGGAGCUAUAUGGAGGGAUCUCAGGAUGGUGUGCACCAGGAAAACCAAAACUUUAGUGUCCACUUGCGUGAUUUUGAGUGGAAUGACUAACAUCGUCUGCCUACUGUACGUGGGCUGGGUCACCAACUACAUUGCCAGUGUUUAUGUGAAAGUGCAGGAGCCGAUCUCAGAAAAAAAGUUAGAGGAAGACAAAGGGGACACUUUAAGGAUUAUAGAAAGGCUGGACCAUUUGGAAAAUGUCAUCAAGCAGCACAUCCAAGAAGCUCCACCAAAACUGGAAGAAAAUCCUGCUGAGGCGUUCACUGACUCAUCGCUCUUUGCUCACUGGGGCCAGGAUCUUAGUCCUGAGAACAGACGCAUUGCACUUAAACAAUUCCAGUAUUACGGCUACAACGCUUACCUGAGCGAUCGCUUGCCGCUGGACAGGCCCCUGCCUGACCUCAGGCCUAAUGGGUGUCGAAACCUUACAUUUCCUGACAGACUUCCCGAGGUCAGCAUUGUAUUCAUAUUUGUUAAUGAAGCUCUCUCGGUGAUUCUGCGCUCCAUUCAUUCAGCCAUUGACCGGACUCCUGCUCACCUGCUCAAAGAGAUUAUUUUGGUUGAUGAUAACAGUAAUAAUGAUGGUCCUAAACCAGCCUGGAAUACUCUACAAAGCUUCAGGCAUCGUGCAGACGUGAACACUUCAGCAGAAGACAGAUCAGUAAAUCCACUGAGACAAAAUUUGAUGUUGUUUCUGUGGGUGAACUGCCUAGUGAGUAAAUUAAGUGCAGAGGAGUAUGCAGGACAUACCUCCAGAGCAGGAGAACCAGGAGUGCUAGGGGAUGGAUCUACUCUGCGCACACUGCUUGGAAAGGCUGCUGGUGUGACUAUUGCUCGUAGGAGGAUACUGUGUUUUCCAGUGAAAUUCCGUUCAAAAAAGAUCUUCCAGCUUGGCGAUGAAGAACUCAAGGAGAAGCUAAAGAAGUAUGUUGAUGAAGUGAAUGCCCGUAAGCCUGGUUUCAUCAAGGUUGUUAGACACAGCAAACAAGAGGGCCUGAUUCGAUCUCGAGUUAGUGGAUGGAGAGUAGCCACAGCACCAGUAGUCGCUCUCUUUGAUGCCCAUGUGGAGUUCAAUGUGGGAUGGGCUGAACCAGUGCUCACUAGGAUAAAAGAAAACAGAAAAAGAGUAAUUUCUCCAUCAUUUGAUAACAUUAAGUAUGAUAAUUUUGAAAUAGAGGAGUAUCCCCUCUCAGCGCAGGGGUUUGACUGGGAACUGUGGUGCCGAUAUCUGAACCCUCCUAAGUCAUGGUGGAAACUGGAGAACACAACUGCUCCAAUAAGAAGUCCUGCAUUGAUUGGAUGCUUCAUAGUAGAUAGAGAAUAUUUCCAAGAGAUUGGCUUACUGGAUGAAGGCAUGGAAGUAUACGGAGGAGAGAAUGUGGAGCUCGGAAUCAGGGUAUGGCAAUGUGGAGGAAGUGUUGAGGUUCUACCUUGCUCCAGGAUUGCCCACAUUGAAAGAGCACAUAAACCAUAUACAGAAGAUCUAACUGCUCAUGUCCGGCGAAAUGCACUAAGGGUGGCUGAAGUCUGGAUGGAUGAAUUUAAGAGCCAUGUCUAUAUGGCAUGGAACAUACCCCAGGAGGACUCCGGAAUUGAUAUUGGUGAUAUUUCUGAGAGGAAGGCCUUGAGGAAAAAGCUCCAGUGCAAGACCUUUAGGUGGUAUCUCGUCAGCGUGUAUCCAGAAAUGAGAAUGUAUUCAGAUACUGUCGCCUAUGGGGUGCUGCAGAAUUCCCUGAAAAGUGAUUUGUGCCUUGAUCAAGGGCCAGACACGGAGAAUAUCCCAAUCAUGUAUAUCUGCCAUGGAAUGACACCACAGAAUGUUUAUUACACAAGCAAUCAGCAGCUCCAUGUGGGUGUUCUGAGUCCCACUAUCGACGAUGAUGACAACAGAUGCCUGGUGGAUGUGAACAGCAGGCCCAGGCUCAUUGAAUGCAAUUAUGCCAAAGCCAAGAGAAUGAAGCUUUACUGGCAGUUUACUCAGGGAGGUCCAAUCCAGAACCGAAAAUCCAAGCGUUGCCUGGAAUUGCAGGAAAACAAUGAAAAUGAAUUUGGAUUUCAACUCGUCCUUCAGAAAUGCACUGGACAACGUUGGUCUAUAACAAAUGUCCUGAAAAGCUUAUCGUCAUAGCAGACUAAAUUUUUUACCCAUUUCUUUUGCUACUGUGUAGCAAAUAUUGCAUUGUUGCCUGCUGUACUGUAUUCCUCAUGCCCCCUCCCCCCCCAUUCCUUCUCUCCUCUUUUUUGUCCCUUUGAUUUUAUUUUGUGAGUGUGUGGAAAUUGGGUUUAUGGGCUGAAAAUAAGACAUUUUUAUUUCACAAUGAUGUUUUCAUGGCAUUUAUAGAGAAGCUGAAUGACAGGUGAUGGGUAGGCUAUCCUAAAAUAUUUUACAACUGUAAAUAGGAAACAAAUGGAGAAUAUUUAUAACUGAAACUUUUAUUGAAUAAAAAAGUCCAAACAC